AUGUCCGCUGAUAUUCCGGAGGAGGAGUCCGCUGAUAUUCCGGAGGAGGAGUCCGACCCUACCAAGGAGGGGUCUGUCAUUCCGGUAGAGGACAUUGAUGCGUCGGGGGAAGACCUCACGAUUCCAGAGGAGGACUUUGAAGUUCCAGACGGGACGUCUGAAAUUUCGGAGUCAGAAAAUUCGCAAGAAGACUACUACGAUCCGGAACACGAGUUUGAUGAUUGGGAAGAGUUUGAUGAUUGGGAAGAGUUUGACACAGACGAGUCUGAGGCGGAUGAUGGGCCUGCUACUGAGGGGGAAAGGACCGAUUUUUUAGAGGAGCCUGAAUCUCCGGUGGCAUUCCCGGAAGAUUUGGAAGGGAGCGAAACGACGGACAGGAUGCAUAUUACCCCACACGAUCUCACCGGUGACACAAACGGGAACACUGCUUCCCUACAGAACAAGUCCUACUUUGGCUCUAUUGCUAAUGCUCUUCGUGCUGCAUACGCGGGAGGACGCCCCGACGACAGGCGCAAGAAUAAGAAAGAUCGCGUGAACCCUAAGCGAACGAAGCCUACCAAGCCCAGGGUCAAGCGCACAAAGCCGAGACCCGGUCGCAAGCCAAAGAAGUCGCGCACUCGCACUCACCCGGGUAAGAAGCCGCGCAACCCCAAGAAACCACGCACUCGCACUCCCCCGCGUAAGAGACCCCGCAACCCCAAGAAACCACGCACUGGCACUCCCCCGCGUAAGAGACCCCGCAACCCAAAGAAACCACGCACUCGCACUCCCCCGCGUAAGAGACCCCGCAACCCCAAGAAGCCACGCACUCGCGGCCCCCCGCGUAAGAGGCCGCGCAACCCAAAGAAACCACGCACUCGCACUCCCCCGCGUAAGAAGCCGCGCAACCCCAAGAAACCACGCACUCGCACUCCCCCGCGUAAGAAGCCGCGCAACCCCAAGAAACCACGCACUCGCACUCCCCCGCGUAAGAGGCCGCGCAACCCAAAGAAACCACGCACUCGCACUCCCCCGCGUAAGAAGCCGCGCAAUCCCAAGAAACCACGCACUCGCACUCCCCCGCGUAAGAGACCCCGCAACCCCAAGAAGCCACGCACUCGCGGCCCCCCGCGUAAGAGGCCGCGCAACCCCAAGAAACCACGCACUCGCGGCCCCCCGCGUAAGAGGCCGCGCAACCCCAAGAAGCCACGCACUCGCACUCCCCCGCGUAAGAGGCCGCGCAACCCCAAGAAGCCACGCACUCGCACUCCCCCGCGUAAGAGGCCGCGCAACCCAAAGAAACCACGCACUCGCACUCCCCCGCGUAAGAGGCCGCGCAACCCAAAGAAGCCGCGCACUCGCAGCCCCCCGCGUAAGAGGCCCCGCAACCCAAAGAAGCCCCGCUCCGGGGGUCGCAACCCCAGGUCCAAGCCUUCGAGGCCUCCGACCUAUACAUUUUCUGGUCAAUCAGAAACGUCAGGAGCCCCCCCUGGGAUGCCAUCCGAGUGCUCUUGCGCUCAAGUCGCCAGCCCCUCAAGCACGUGUUAUACGAUGACAGACUUCGACACAAAAGCUUGCAGAUCGCGUAAAUGCGAGCCGAAGUAUGAGUGUGUAACGAGCGAGGCCUCGAGACAAGUCGUGCAGGCACUGAACGACACGGACGGCCAGCUGAACGUGGCGCAGAGAACGCGACAGGAAGCUUCGACGCUUUGCCGACUCAAGAAGAUCAGUACCCGGUUGGUGCACGAUCGCUUGAAGGCAGGUUUCUGCCAUGAAGAGAAGGUGGAUUCCUGGGCGUACUCCCCGUACACAACGGCCUAG